GUACAAAAGCUCGUAGUAUACCAAUAUGAGUAAAACACCCAUAUCUAUUCUGCAAGAAAUGAUGGUCAAAAAGCAAAUAGUACCUGAUUAUCAACUUAUACAUGAUGGUGGUGGGACACACAUAAAUACAUUUGUUUAUAAAGUGACAUGUGAUGGCCUUACUGCAAAUGGUACUGGACGAUCCAAAAAAGAUGCAAAGCAUCAAGCUGCGAAAGCAAUGUUGCAAACUAUUGCAGCUCAUAGAGGUUAUCCACAAUUACCAGCAUCACCAGCACAGUCACCUUUAAGAACACCUUUAAUACCAACAGUGCCAGAAGUAGAAAGACUUCCACCAAAUCUUCCCUUUGUUAAUGCCAUAGGUGUUUUAAAAGAGAUAUGCAUUGAGAACAAUCUACAAGAACCUGAAUAUGUACUAAUUAGCAAUACUGGGCCACCGCAUGCCAAAAUUUUUACUAUUCAAUGCAUAGUUGCAACUUUCAAAGAAAUUGGAGUUGCAAAAACAAAAAAGCAGGCUAAGCAGGAGGCUGCUAAAAAAAUGUUAGAUAAAAUAACUGACUUAGUAGAUUUCGACUUGUCUCAUUUAGAGGUAGAGGAAAAAAAAGCAAAAAUUGAGGAGUCUAAUGCCAAUGCCAAGCAUCAUUUUAAAAUGUUAACAAAGACGUUUGUUAAAAAAGUUAACUUGGGCACCAAAAUAUCGCAAUAUCAUAUGAUGUUAAAAAAUUCUUUUACUCCCGAAGUAUAUAAUGAUAUUAUUCAAAAACUAGAAGCUGUUAUUCCCCAAGAUCAUAGUAAUAUUUCUGUGGAAUAUGUAGAAAAUCUUAUGUCAAAUUUUAAAGAACUAUUGUCAACUAUAGAAUUAGAUAUUUCGAUUUUUUAUUUAGACACCAUAUCUCCGGACGAUUAUUGUGUAGGAAUGAAAAUUAAUACUACUCCCGAAAUUACGGCAAUUGCAAAUGGACAGACAGAAGCACAAGCUGCAUUUUACACAAUAUUGAAAGUAAUUAAUACCAUGAUACUUCUUUUGAAAUAAAAAUUUGAAUGUUGAUAAUGACAAUCAACAGAAUUUUUACAAAUGGACAUAUUA